GGGUUUCAGAGGCAAAUGGAGACCUAUUUGCUCCCAGGCUCUCUUCCCAAAACUCCCACUGAAGGACUUUCCUGAACUCAAGCCCACUGGAUUACCAGGAGAAAUGGCCUCUGAGACCUUAAAUGUUGAAGACCCAGGUGCAGCCCUGACUUCCUAAUUGGUCACAGACUUGGGACAGGACUUAAGCUUUCUUAGAAGAAGUGCCAGGACAUUUAAAGGCCACCUUUCAUCUCCCUCACCUCUCAGACAUAGAGCCAAGAGGAAGCACCCAGCAGGCAUGAGUGAGAAGGGCACAAAAGAUCUGCAGGGACCCUUCCAGGACCUGCUGGCAGCUGCUCCAGUCCCAUCCUUGUCACCUUCCUUUCUCGAGUUUUGAUCAUCUUUUCAGACCCUGGGGGUCCUCAACUGGGUUUCUUGCCCCCUAGGCUCCAAAAAAGGGACUUCCUGUGGAUUUCAGGAAGCCCUUCGGUGCUUAGAGGCUCCAGGAAAAGCUUGAGCCAUGACACCACGUGCUCAGGAGCUCCACCUUCAGGACUCAGGCCUCUGAUGUAGCUGUCUCCCUGGACACUGACUGUGGACCCAUGGACACAACCCUGAUGGGCUCCCUUCAGCACUGCUGUUGCCAGUUGCCUAAAAUGGGUGAUACCUGGGCCCAGCUGCCCUGGCCUGGGCCCUCCCAGCCAACCAUGCUGCUGGUCUCCCUCCUGUUGGCAGCCGGGGUGAUGUGCUCUGAUGCAGGUAACAGCUGCCCAGUCCUUUGUACCUGCCAUAACCAGGUGGUGGACUGCAGCAGCCAGCGGCUAUUCUCCAUGCCCCCAGACCUGCCAAUGGACACCCGCAACCUCAGCCUGGCCCACAACCGCAUCACGGCUGUGCCACCUGGCUAUCUUACAUGCUACAUAGAGCUCCGGGUACUGGAUUUGCACAACAACUCCCUGACGGAGCUACCCCCAGGCCUCUUCCUGCAUGCCAAGCGUUUGGCACACCUGGACCUGAGCUACAACAACCUCAGCCAUGUGCCAGCCGACAUGUUCCAGGAGGCCCAUGGGCUAGUGCACAUUGACCUGAGCCACAACCCAUGGCUACGUAGAGUGCACCCCCAGGCUUUCCAGGGCCUUGUGCAGCUCCGAGACCUGGACCUCAGCUAUGGCGGCCUGGCCUUCCUCAGCCUGGAGGCCCUGGAGGGUCUGCCAGGGCUGGUGACCCUGCAGAUUGGGGGCAACCCCUGGGUGUGUGGCUGCACCAUGGAACCUCUGUUGAAAUGGCUGCGAAACCGGAUUCAGCGCUGUACAGCUGAUUCUCAGCUGGCUGAGUGCCGGGGACCCCCUGAAGUUGAAGGAGCCCCCCUCUUCUCACUCACUGAGGAGAGCUUCAAGGCCUGCCACCUGACUCUGACCCUGGAUGAUUACCUCUUCAUUGCAUUCGUGGGCUUCGUGGUCUCCAUCGCUUCUGUGGCCACCAACUUCCUCCUAGGCAUCACAGCCAACUGCUGCCACCGUUGGAGCAAGGCCAGUGAAGAGGAAGAGAUUUGAUGCAG